ACCUUGGGAGUCGUAUGUACGGAAGCGGUGUUGUGUCAGUCAUGCAAGACGGAAGCCCUCACAAUUUCUUUGAUAGCAGACUUCCUGCUAUCGAUAUCUGUGUGCCACUGCCUCUCUACACUCUGCCAGCAAAAUGAAUCCUACCAUGGAGAACCCAACAAAGCAACCAUUGGUCUUCUCCUCAGAGAGCAAGGCUCGAUACUGCACAGCAAUUCUAACCGGGCCGCCCACUGGAGACGAAUCCAGCACUUUGACUCAUGGCACACGUCCAUCGAACUUGGGGCUGAAACUCGCAGGGGACGCUGUGAUUGGUACUGGAGUAACUUUCAUGGUUGCUCCUUUCUUGACAAUUGUAGACCAAGCUAUCACACAAAGGGCAUCAGGAACCAACACAAUCUUUCGCUCAGGAAUGCAAUCACUGCAGAAAAUGGUAACCAGUCCAAUCGCAUUUGUCAAGAGCCCUGCCUUUUUAUACGUGUGGGCUGUUUAUGCAACAACAUAUUCUGUUGCCAAUGGCCUCAAGACAUUGGUAGAGCACCAGGAACAAAAAUCAUCAAGAAAACGAGAUGAUUCGUCCUCCCUCGGUAAGGCGGCAAUCUUCUUGGGCACUUCCGUAACCAACAGCAGUGCUUCCAUCCUGAAAGAUCGUGCCUUUGCUCAGAUGUUCGCCGCCAAUGCUGCAACCACCACUGGACUUGCCCGCCAAGUCCCCGUGGCAUCCUAUGGACUUUGGAUGACCCGUGAUCUGAUUGGUGUUGGUUCGUCAUUUGUCCUUCCCGACAUGGUGGCCCAACAGCUGCCUUUCGAAGACGAGCAGAGAAAUCGGGACAUCAGUCAACUCUGUGUCCCCAUUGCGACUCAGUUGGUGGCUGGGCCCUUGCAUCUGUUGGGGCUGGAUCUUUUCAACCGUCCCAUGCAAGACAUGCCCUGGAAGCACCAGGUGCUCGAACGCUAUCACUGUCUUGUGAAUGGCUAUGGUGCCGUGGUUGGUGCCAGAAUAGCGCGCAUCAUUCCUGGCUAUGGCUUCGGUGGUGUCCUCAACACCAAGCUGCGAGAUGGUUGGAGAGACUAUCUGGUGGAACGAGACACUGCCAAUGGUCUGCCUUUCUUCGGGGACAGAGUUUUGGGGAUCCCAGAUCUCGUUCUAAUGACUCUUCACAGUUUAAGCCAAGACCGUUCCGCAACACUCACACUUGUUGCGACAAAAUGAAAACAAAGAACAAUGUAAACCUACUGACAGUGCCGAAGAGCUCCCCUCGUGCCAAUAUCUGUAGAAACCCUGGAUUGACCCAACCUUCUGAACCUUCUAACAUUGGUAGACAUGAUCACUUUAACUACAAAGCAUCCUGACGCCCUCUCACAUGUUAGCCCAGGUGGGUAAGCCUGUGCGAUAACUGCAUCGUUUGCCUUCGU